AUGCAGUGGAGGGAUCGCUUGUCGCCCUCCAUGAUGUGGGCGACCAGGACCAUCCAAGAGUGUGGUGCGUGCCUUCCGUCACACCAGGGCGCCGGAGCUGACGUGUGCCGCGAGUGUCGCGUCAGCUUCGACAGUGGACGGCUGCCCAAGGCCUGCUCUGUCAACAACAUGGCCAUCGGUUUGGACAACAAGACCCGUUCGGGAAUCAGCUACCGCAAGCACGUGAAAGGACAUAUUGUCGUCUUUCCGAACAAGGUGGACGAUCUUGUUGCCACCGUUCUUCCCCAUCCCUUGCUGCAAGCCAUUGAGAAUAUCCACGUCUCUUGGAGCGGCUCGGCUAAGCCUGGCUCCGCAGACGUCGGACACCUGCUUCGGGUGCGCAAAUCUCGAGUGGCAGCCGCCCUGGCAUGGCUCCAGAGGAACAACCCGCUUUACGAGAAUAUCUCAAUCAACCAAGCAGAGAUGGACGGCUGGCAGUAUGCCGAUGGGUUCAGUGUUCCGACCGUCAUCAUGGACCGCAUGCAAAGAGAGGAACCGUCGACCGUUGAGAGGACACAAACGGACCACAUAGUCCCGAACACUGAUCGAGGCUUGGCGGAAAACAGCUUUACAAGCAUCGAUGAACUCGUAAACUCCAUCGAUCCUAUCUUCAUCGCUGAAUCUUGCGAUUUGGACUGUGCUCUGUCGACUGAGCAGACUCAACCUUCCCCUGGUGAGCCGGCGACUCUUGUCCCCGACUCGGCCGCCAUCGGCCAGGAAGUUGAUCCUGUCUACGAGACGUCUACGUCCGGCAUGUUUCCUCUCGAUGGUCCGGCUGCCUUCGCCGAGACCGAUAAACUGUCGUUUCUGGCCGACAUCGUCAACGCCAAUCCGGACCAACAGGGUACCUCUGUGCCAUGCGUUAUGCAGGUCCGAACUACAGGAGACCAGCCACUUGAGCAGGCCUAUGCGAACUUGACCGAGGACCGACUGAAGAGGGCCGAGGCGGAGAUGCGGGAGACGAGGACUACGUCGGACCCCGACAUAUCGCUCUUGCUUCGCGAGCUGUCGAUCUUUGGCCAUGCACAGCCGCUCUCGAACGAAUCCCGUUUGCUUAUGCGGAGGAAGAUACAAGCUCUGGACAUCCGCGCCGGUAUGCCUGCAAUCUGGAUUACCAUCAGUCCCAACGACAUCAAUAACCCGGUAAAGAUGAAGCUUGCCAUUCAUAGGCUCCACGAUUAUGAGUCUGCGAAGGAGCUUUUGGCCGAUCUCCGUGAAAAGUACGACAGGAUCGCCCUGAGCACCAUGGAUCCGGUCAGCUCGGCCAUCUUCUUCCACCGAGAAAUAUCCCUAUUCUUUGAAAAGUAUGUGAAUACAGGCCGGGAAUCGAUCUUCGGGAAGAUCAGCCACUACUACGCCACCGUGGAAACGAACGAGCGAGGCAGCCUCCACUUGCAUGGACUCCUCUGGCUGGACGGCAACAUGCGGUUACCGAACCUGAUAGGCGACAUGGCCAAUCCCGCGGAAGAAGCAUAUCGUGCCCAGGUGAUCCGAUACGUAGACUCCGUCUUUCAUGAGUGUCUAGAUGAAGAUGCCGGGAAAGCCGUGCGACAGGAGAGGAAGCCCAUCCACCCCGUGGAGGAGGUCAUGGCUAGCACCUCGGCUCUCACUGCGGCCUUUGAAGACGAAUCCAAUUUCAUCGCAUACUGUUGCCAAGUGCACUCCCACACAUACACCUGCCUCAAGUAUUCUCUGAAGGGGUCAUCGACCGGGGCAGAUCAACAGAGACGGACAGCCUGCCGCUUCAAGGCACCGUGGAAAAUCGUCGAGGAGACAGGGUUCACAGAGGAUGGCUUGCUUCAGAUUCAGCGCAACCAUCCACUCGUCAACCGGUACAACAAGUCGUUGGCGGUCGGCCUUCGCCACAAUCACGACGUCUCGAUGAUCUUGACCAAGACCAAGGGCCUGGCCAUGGUGUACUACAUCACGAACUACGCCACCAAACUGGAUACGCCGAUGUGGAAGCGCAUUGCUCUCGCCGCCGAGGUUGCCCGCCAACUUCGCGAGGCCGGUCGUCCGACGUCUCGCGCGCCAGGUCCCGCCCUGCCCGACGGCAGGCAGCAGGCGGUAUUGAACGAAAGCCGUCAAUUCCUGAUGAGAACGGCAAAUCGCAUCUUCUCCGAGCGACAACUCUCGGCUGUCGAGGUUUGUUACCACCUCCUUGGAUAUGACACCGACUUUACCAACGUGCCGCAUUGGUCCUUCUUGAACUUGACGGCCCUAUACUGGACAAUCUUUCGGCUAUGGGCGCAUCUCCGCCAUCAGGCCGGCGAGCUCACGGACGCCGAACAGCCCCCAGAGACAAUCCCUCUGAGGCAAGGAGGGCGAACCCUAUUAUGCCUGGAGGCGUACGCCUACCGCGGUCAUGUUCUACAAGACUUAUGCCUGUAUGACUACAUGUCAAUGAUUCACUUGUACGCCGUCCCGAUCUUCCAAGGAUACAUCAGCGACGACCACGAGGACGAUCACCCAGUCUAUAUUAAGCGAAACUCUGUCCUACAUUUGGCGUUAUUCGUCCCUUGGGAAAACUUCAUUUCUGAGAGCCAAGGCGAUAUAACCGGCAUAUGGACGAGGCAUCGAGCGGGGCUUUGUCCUCGCCUCCGUUUCCAUGUCUCCAAUAUUUGUCUUUUGAGAAAGUCUGCCGAGGAUGCGCGCAAAGACGCGAAGCUCUGGGCCAGUCGAUCGGAGGGCGACGACACAAUUGACGUCGAGUACCCACUUGACGCUGGCCGCUGCGAAGAGGAGCCUCCAGCGAUGGCUCAUCGUCAGGCCUACAAAGCUCUACUCCAGAUUUUGCGAAAUGCCGUGCAGGAUACAGACGCCACGAAAGACUCACCCGUCCUUGGAGGUUUAAUACGCGAUCUGUGCGAAGAGAACCCGGCUGAAGAGGAGCAACCUUUUGUGCAACGUCAGGAGGAUUUGUACCGGAAUAUACCCCAUGAUCAAGGUGACGCCUUGUGCCAAUUUCCAAUAUCUCGAGACGAUGUCCAGGCAGCGGCCAGGGCCCAACAACUAUUGCAUCUUCGGAUGCUAGACGACAUUGAGGGUGGUUCUCAGGGGACCAUGCUUUCCACGGACGGCGCCGACAUCGACGAUACCCUAGCUCGCUACGGCGAUACGGAAACCACCAUUGCGCACCCGGGAAGUGACCUCAAUCAACAAGGGCCUCGAAUGCUUGUCGACGUCAGUCCGGUGACUAGCUUCGCGGAGAUGGGACACACCGCUGCAGCCACCUUCACACUGAACUAUCUACAAACCGUGGCCCUUCAACUUGUUUGCGCAUUUUUGGACAGGUAUACCGCUAAUCAGGACUCAGCCGGUCAACAUCUUCAAUAUACCGGCGGGCCGGGUGGCACAGGAAAGUCGAGGAUUAUCGAUGCCCUAAAGGACGUGUUCGCGGCGAGGAACCAACCACAUCUUCUGCAGAUAACCGGCACAUCGGGCAGUUCGGCGGCCCAGAUUGGCGGCACGACCAUCCACUCGGCCUGUGGGUUAGAUUCCCAUCGCGAUCCAAACAAACCGCCUCCCCCCUUUUCGGAGGCGAAGAAAUGGAUAUGGAAACAGAAGCUGGUGCUCGUCAUUGACGAGGUCAGUAUGCUGGGAGGAGCCACUCUGCACAACGUCAGUCGUCACCUGCAGGCACUCCGUGACUGUCCGGACGAGCCGUUUGGUGGGAUGCCUGUCGUUCUACUCAUGGGAGACUUCUACCAGUUCGCCCCCGUGCGGGAAACAAGCCUCCUGAUCAUCAGACCGCCGGACCGAACACAGACCCCCCUGCGACAAGCCACCAUCUCUCACCACAGCGGCUGCAGAUUGUGGCAUCUGUUCAAAACCGUUGUGCUCCUCGAAGACCAAGUCCGGGCACGCAACGAUCCCCAACUUCGCGCACUCCUGGAUCGAGUUCGUAACGGGCGCCAGACGCAGCAAGACCUCGACUUGCUCAACGAAAACAUCGUAGGACGCUCCCAAAUCACCUUCCACGAUGGUUUGCGUGCUAUAACGCCACUGAACCGCACCCGGUGGGCCCUCAACAUGGAAGCUGUCGUGGGCUGGGCGCGCUUCAACAAGCGGCAUAUCCGUAUCUUUGUCUCGACUCACACCUGGCGCAGCGGCACGCUUUCUCCAAACAUCGUAGCGCGAACCAUAGGACAAGGUGAUGACUCCACCUGCAAGGUCCCCGGCGUCUUCUUCUACGCCCAGGGCAUGCCUGUGGUUGUGAACAAGAACAUCUACACCGGCCUGAAAGUUGUGAAUGGGGCCGACUUUACUGCCGUGGACGUAAUGCUCGAUCCCAAUCACCCAGGAUACCACUUGGCGGGUGACGUGACCAUCCACUUCGGGCCACCGCUCGGCAUUCUCCUGCAGUCCGAGGAGACGAAGGCCUUGGCAAUACCGUCCCUCCCGGUGGGGACGGUACUCAUCCGCCCCGUGUCACAUACACUUGAUUCGACUAACUCUCACUUCAAAUUCUUGUCGGCAAGAUGCACGCGACGUGGAUUGCCCGUCGUACCAGCGUUCGUCCUCACCGAUUACAAAGCCCAGGGUAAAACGUGCGAUUUUACGAGCCUCUAUGUGCAACUGUCCAGGUGCAUCUCGCUUCGGGGCAUCAAGCUUCUUGGUCCUGUGAGACACCAUGAUUUCAUUGGCAAUGGGCUGGAUCCGGCCAUAAUUGAUGGAAUGCAGAGACUCAAGAACUUGGCCGCAGAAACGAGAGGGUUAUACGAGGACCAAGGUUUCGAAAAGUAG